GCUAUUUCUGUGUAUACGCUUUGGCUCAUUAGGAAUUGUUACAUUAAUUGUCCAAGUGAUUCUUUCAAAGGAAGCAUUACAUAAGAUUCUUCGGAAUAUUUAAUCUAGUGUUGCUUGCUUUCAAAUCAUAGUUAUGGCAAAUGAUGGGGAUUGUGUGGACAUCAACAAAGGCGUGGAAAGGUUCUACCUCACAACAAUGUACAGUAUCGAGUUCAUUGUGGGGCUCAUCGGGAAUGUCAUUGUGAUAAGUGGUUAUAUCUUCUGCCUGAAGAAUUGGAAGUGCAGUAACAUAUACCUUUUCUUCCUCUCCAUCACUGACCUGCUAUUUAUUUGCACUCUUCCCAUGUUUGUUGUCCAGUAUGCAAACGGGAGUGAAUGGUUCUAUGGUGAAAUUUGCUGUAAGUUUAAUCGAUACUUCCUCAACUCUAACCUCUACCUGAGUGUUCUGUACCUCACCUGCAUCAGCAUUGACCGCUACCUACUGAUAAGAAACCCGACAAAGCUUCACUGGUUCCAGAGAAAGCGGACGGCGGUUGUCAUCUGUUUCACCUUGUGGGUCUUUGUCAGCUUGGAGCUGAUACCAAUGUUUACAUUCAUUGGCCCAAAGAACAUCACGGAUAACGAAGAUCAUAUUGUGGUUUGCAUUGACUAUGCCAGUUCGGGGAACGCAUGGAACAGCAUUAUUUAUAGUUUGCUCCUCACCAUCGUUGAUUUCAUCCUCCCACUCUGUGUCAUGGGGUUCUGCUGCAUUCAGACAGCUAGGAGCUUAAAGAAGCUAAGUGCUCAACGUCGCAGGAACAUUAAACUCGAAAAGCCCCAUCGCCUUGUAAUAUUGGCAUUAGUCAUUUUCACAGUACUCUUUACCCCUUAUCACAUCAUGCGAAAUGUCCGUAUUGCUUCCAGAAUGAACAAGGACCUACCGUUUUGCAAACGUCGGGGCAUAAAGGCUGCAUAUGCCCUCACGAGGCCGAUUGCUUACCUUAGUUCUGCAAUAAACCCCAUCUUCUACUUCCUGCUUGGAGAUCGAUUCAGAGAGAUCCUCCUCAGGAAGAUGCCAUUUGUGGGGCCAAGACUGAUGUCCUUAAAGACUUCAGCAAGCAGCUUUACUCAGUAAAGGGCUGUUCACCUCCAAACAUCAAGAAAGCUCAUCAGCCAUGGUUUUUUUUUGUCCGAAUACUUUUUUCUUGGACUGCUGCUGGAGAUGUGUUGAAUGUCACUGAUCCAUGCCACUUGCUUGAUUCAUAACCAUAGACAAGUCCGAGUUCAAGUUUAUUUUCCGCAAGGCCUUAAGACCUGAGAGCAGAGUUAGGCCAUUCAGCCUGCUUUGCCUGAUUAAUUGCUGAUUUAUUACACCCCUCAACUCCAUUCUCCUGCCUUCUCCCCGUAACUUCUGAUGCCCUUACUGAUAUAAAACUUAUCAACCUCCGCUUUAAAUAUAUUCAGUGACUCGGCCUCCAACCUUACGCAUGUAUACAGCUAAACAAAACAUCAUUCCACUGGGGCCAAGGUGUAAAACACUGUAUAUAAAGUCACACACAGCUCUCAUCAUUAUAAUCCAGCUCAUACAGACACAAAAUAAUAUUAACCCAGGUCUCUGAGCGUAAUGGCCUUAAGAUUGGCAGGUUGACAUAAAGUGCGAGGUGCAAGCUUAUGUAAGACAGUAUAUAAUAUUACCGGCGUUAUUAUAAUAAAACAAGCAGUCGUAUAAAUAUGUGCAACAGCAGCAAUAAAAGAUGAAAAAUGACCACUGUAGGAUGAGAGUGAGUCUGUGGGUUGGGGAGUGGGGAGGUGGGCGUGAUGGGUGGCAGGGUGGGAGCAGGCAACAAUAUACUAUGACUGAGAUCUUUGAACAUUUUGUGUUCCUAUGGUAACCUUCCAACUAAGUACUGACUGGGCUUGAGUCAGAUUGAAAAUCACAAAACAAAUAACUGCAGAUAUGAGAGAUUUAAAAAGAAAUGCUGGAAGUACUCAGCGAGCCAGGAAGCAUCUGAGGGAAGGGACCCUGAGCUAGCGGGUGUGCUCAUAAACCCUUCCUCAGAACUGGGAAAGAGAGGAAGAGAAAUAGGUUUCAAACUCAAAUCAGGGAUGGUAAGGACAAAGGCGAUUUCAUUGAUAAGAUGAGAACAGCGAGUCAAACUUUACUGAAGACAAACAGGGGCAAGAUUAUUACAUGGAGAGUGGUGUGUGCCAGGACUUCACUGCCUGGGCUGUUGGUAGAGACAGAUACAUUUGGGGCUUUUAAGAGACAUUUAGAUAGGCACACGAAUGUGAAAGAAAUGGAGGGAUAUGAACAUUGUGUAGGCAGAAGGGAUUAGUUUAGUUGGCCAUUUGAUUACUAAGUAAAUAUGGUUCAGCACAACAUUGUGGGCCGAAGGGCCGGUUCCUGCGCUGUACUGUUCUAAAUUCUAAGAAGGGAAACAAAAAGCAUUGAGAUUAACUAGAGUAGAAAGAGACAGGUGGAACUCCCACUAGAGAGUUUCUUCCAAAAAAGAAGUGACAGUGAACUCUGUUACGAGAUACGCAGGCUUAUACUGUGAGUGUUACUUUAAGAGUGCCUAUGACUAUGACGCUGGUCACAGGCUGUGGCAGCCUGCUGUGGACUUAGAGAGAGAGAGAGACACGAGCAUUUGGAACUUCAGCUUGUCACUGCUAUGGUUUGGAACUCUCCUAUGCUCAAAAGGUCGGGUUGAUUAUCGGCACACAGUGCACAACAGAUGUGUGACUGUCACUCCAUAUGUGUGGAUUUGUUGGGUAUCCUGUGGUAUCACUUUUAUUGGCCCUUUACCAGGAAUCAGGAUGUUAUGUGAUAAUCACUUAAAGACGAUACUCCUGUGACUGUCACCUGGUGGAUUUCAGAACGACUCAACGGACUAGAUCUUUGACGAUUGUUAUUUUGUUUACCCAGCAUGGAACCUGCGAUUCUUUGUAUUGCUCUCUGUCUACGUACUUCCACAUGGAUUACAAAUUUCUCUUCCAUCAUCUAUUCUACUUUGCCAUCUGAACCUUAAGACUUUAAGAAUUCUUCCUAAGCUUGAUUGUUUGGGAGGCACACACACACACAUAUAUAUAUAUAUAUAUAUAU